UUUUUACUAAGGCGCUCAUAAGAAGCAAAUUUGAGACUCUGAAAAAGAAACUUGGAGUUUGCAGCUAAUAAAAUAAGAAUGAGUAUUAAAGAUAUACAUCAGUAGCUGAGUUCAGUAGAUUACAAGAUUCAAUAAUAUUCAACAGAUCUUUUGUUUAUUCAGUUACUAGAAAAUGUGUAUAAAUAGUUUCAUUCAUCAAUAAAAUCAAGUAAGCUUUCAUAGCUAUUUUUUUUGUGAUCUUUAUACUUUCUAGAUCUGCAGAAAUAGUUAUUUUUAUACAACAGUAGUAAUAAUUUAAGAAAAAAAAAAAGUAAGAAGAGAAAAUUUAAGAUGAUAUUACCGGCGGGUGGGUAAGAGUAGAUUACCACUGAAUGAAGUUUCCCAUGGAAUCAUCCAUUUUCACCCCACUCACCCUCAAAAGCAUACAACAAAAAGCAACAAAAAGGAAACAAAAAAAAAAAAAGGGAAGCCCAUGCUUUCUCUCCUCUCUAUAUAACCCGCCUGAACACCUUCUUCUGCAUAUCCUCAUGCAACUUUACAGCCCUCUCUGAUUAAUAUUCAGCUAUCAGGUUCUUUUUAAUCAGCAGCUCUUGGUUAGAUCCAAAUAUCUGUUACUUGUUUUCCAAAAAUGAAGAAGAAAGCAUCUGUUAUCUUGAAACAGAUAGUGGCAUUGGUGAGUUCAGUUGCAAAGGCCAAGUCCUUGGCUAUUAAGAGCAAAACGAGCGCAGUUAAGGCUCGUCUUAUCAUGUUUUCUAUGAUGAAGAGCAAGAAGGUUUUGCUGGGUUCCAUCUCUGACAAGAUACAUACCAUUCUUGGGCAGGACGAAAAAGAUAGGCAGUACGAGAAUGGGGAGGAGCAAAGCAAGGCGAUCGUUCUCUACAAUAAUGCCUUGGCAGACGAAGAUGAUAAGUACCCUGAUCUGAGGCACACGCUGUUUGAUGAAGAGGAGGAGUUCAAUGACCCAGGAGGGUCCGUCAUUGAUUUGGUGAAGAAUUCCAAGGAUGAAGGAGAAGAUUUCAGUUUGGAAGAUGAAAUUGAUCAUGUUGCAGAUUUGUUCAUCAUGAGAUUUCACAAGCAGAUGCGUUUACAGAAGCUGGAAUCCUUUAAGAGGUUUCAAGAGAUGCUUGCCAGAAGCGUUUAAUUGCAUGCGUGCUUGCUUUGUUUUAUCUAUUUUUUCUUUGUGUAUUCUGUUCACAGUCGCAUGUGUUUGAAUAGAAUAAAAUGCAAAAACAAAUGGGUGUGAUUUUGCAGCCCUUUUUUCCUGUCAAAGGAGGAAUCCGAUUGCUGAAUUGCUGUGAGUUGUAUGAGAUUUUUCCUUUGAAUCAUUGGCAUGUAAUUAAUUAAAUGUAUAUUGCUGUUCACUUGUAAAGCCAACUGGUUUCACUGUGUUCCAUUGUGUUGUGUGCAUUAUU